GGCACUGUUGCAGACAGGAAGCGCGAGAUCCACGUACAGGUUUCCAAGUCGGAAGCUUCCGAAUAAAAUCGCAUUCGUCGGACUUGUUUUGUUUUCUGGCCGGCAUCCGAAGGGGAUUCACGAUGGUGUCAGCGGCUUGUCUUGUAUUGGGCAUCGGCUGUUUGCUUUUCGGCGAAUCGCUUGCAGUUCCCGUUGGUGUGAUGGGCAGCGAAUUAACAAACAGCAUUGAAGACACCGAGGACGACAUGCCGGUAAUAGAAGAUGAUAUCACAACUCACGGACUGGAAAGGUUAAGCUCAGCAGCUACGUGCUUAGUAGCCGGAAUUGAAUACACACACGGGCAACAGAUCUACAGAAAGGAUCCAUGCGAAUUCUGCUUGUGUCUUGAUGGUGAGAUGUUCUGCUGGUGGCAGGACUGUCCACCAACUAUGGAAGGUCCAUGCAGAGAUCGAGGACCUUUCUCCCCUUGCAUCAGCAUUCCAGCAAACCCUUCAUCAGCGUCUUCCUCGUCCGCGUCCUCUUCUUCCUCAUCCUCCUCCUCAUCAUCCUCCUCAUCCUCGUCUUCCUCCUCUUCGUCUGCCUCCUCCCCACAACAAACGUCAUCAAGUACAACUGCAAGGAUGACGAGUACGACAAAGUCAACGUCAACGACCACAGUACAAACAACAUCACACACAACGUCUUCCAACGUAUCAACGGAUUUCGUGACUAACUCAUCGGAGAACAUGACCGAUUCGUCGAUUUACACAGAAGAAACGGAGGUCGAGUACUCAAGCGAGGAUCCGAGCACCAGUACAGCACAGGAACCUAAGCGAUGUGUUGUAAUGGGACGCGAAUACCAGAUAGGCGACCGGCUGCCACACAACACCGGAAACUGCGUCGAAUGCAUCUGCGGCCACGGCGCCAAGGUCACCUGUUCGCCCCAUCAGUGCGCCCCAGGCGGGGCGGAUGACCUCAAUGAUUACCAUCCGCCGGGUCCCCGUCAACCCAUCCCCGACGUAUUUUAAUGUCGCCUGGACGUGGCAAUGUUCUUUUUGUUGCGGCUCCAUUGUAUUCGUUUCGUGCGCUCGCAAACGAUUCACUGAUUUAUGUUUGAUCGUAGUUAAUUCGAUAUUUGAAUUAGGUGAAUUUUUUGCGAUUGAUUCCUUGUUUCGAGAUUGUUUUUGCUAAGGCCUAAGGUUAUGUAUUUGUGAUAAGAUAUGCGUAAGACCUUUUCUACUCAUUCUAUCCUAGUCACUUCAAACAGUAUCAAAAAUUGUGUUACGAAUCUUACAGUAUUAAACUAUAAGUGUAAGAAUCAAAAUUAGGUUCUGGUAAUUAAUUUACACUGUAUAAAUUACUAUAGUAGAUAAUGAAUUAUGUAUGUGUUCCAAGAAGUUGGUUUCUAAAAUCAAUAAAGUUGGUUUAACGCAAAGCUUGUAGUUGAAUUUUGAUACUAUUUAAUCAACGAUUUGCCGAAAUUAAUUACAGCUUCUUAAAAACCUAAUAUGAUAAUAUAUCACAUCGAUUUAUGCAAACAUAUCCUUAUCCUAUAUCUUGUUUCAGUCAUAUCUAAAGAGCUAAUCCAUUAAGAGGUUUGUAUCUUAUUGCCUUUAUUUCAACAAUAAGAAAGUAGAAUAGAUUUUGUUAAGAAAAAUAUAAUAGUGAAUCAGUGGGAACCAUUAAAAAAGUACUGUAUAAGAGCUAGUGAUUUUAUAGUAAUUUUUAUAUUAGCUAUACCUAAAAUCAUUGGAACCAAAUAAAAAAGUUAGUGUUAGAAACUUUAAUUUUUUAAAACAAGUGUUUUAUCUUCAAGAUAGGAUCAAUAUCUUUACUUAUAAUAAUCUAAUAUAAUAUACCCGUAAAUUUCAAUGCAUGUUGUAUAUUAUUUACUAAAUCUUCACCUAUCUUGAUUUUAAGGUCACUUGAGUAGUACUGUAAUUUUAAUUUGUAAAAAUAUACAUACCACGUAUUAAUUUAAUCUGUAAAAAUUGAAUAAAAGUAAAUGUAAUUUUAGGAUUACUUGUUGUAAAAAUGUCAGUAUUAAUAAACAAAUCAUAUUAUUGUUAAGUAUUAAAAAUUUUAUUAAGUUUCUGUAUCUAUAGAUAAAUACAA